AUGUUCUCGUUGCUUCCGACGUCCCUGCUAGCCCUCCUCCUCUCCUCCCCGGUUCUCGCGGGGCCCACGACGCCCAAUGAUCUCUUCCGGCCCAUCUCCCUCCAAGCACCUAAACGCACGGAGGAGCCCGUGUGCUGUCUAAGGCCACUUCCGCCGUUGGAGCCGCCCCCGUCCGAGGACGAUCUGCUCCCCUCGUUUGAGGACUGGAAGACAAAGCAUCUCUCCGACCCCAAGGACCAGGAUGGACCCCCUCGACCAGCCCGCACGGAGAACCUUUCCGCCGAGGCGAACGGCAGCGCCGACCCCGCGCAUUCCUCGCACCACGCCUCUGACGUCCCCGUCGUCGACACCGCGGACGGCACACUGGGCGACGCACCCGCGACGGCGCCGCCGCCGUUUCGCGUGCCCAUCCCGACGAAGGACCGGUUCAACUACGCCUCGCUCGACUGCUCCGCACGGGUGCACGGCGCGCACAAAGGCGCCAAGUCCGCGUCGUCGAUCCUGUCGAGCAAGAAGGACCGGUACAUGCUCUCGCCGUGCAGCGACGCGCACCGGUUCGUCGUCGUCGAGCUCUGCGAGGACAUCAGGAUCGACACCGUCCAGCUCGCGAAUUACGAGUUCUUCAGCGGCGUCUUCAAGGACUUCACCGUCAGCGUCGCCAAGCAGUACACCGACGACCCGGCGCACAUGACGCACGCGGGGACGUUCCGCGCGAAGAACGUGCGCGGCGUGCAGACGUUCCACCCGCCAUCAACGCUCCGCGAUUUCUACCGCUUCAUCCGGAUCGACUUUCGCUCGCACUACGGGAACGAGUACUAUUGCCCCGUCUCCCUCCUCAGGGUUUAUGGCCUCACGCAUCUCGAAGAAUGGCAGUGGGAGACGUGGGAGGAGGAAAGCCGGGCGAGGCGGUCGGCGGAAGAGGCAAGUUCUCUCGUCGACGUCAGUGCGGAACCUCCGAAACCAGUGCAUACACCCACCUCCGACACACCCCACGACUCCAACGAGACCGACGCGGCUGCCCCGUCCUCGGAUCCGGCAGACCCACUCACUAAUGCCGGUGGCUCGUCAAGAGAAAUCCUCGAGUCGCUCCAGUACAACCUCUCUACCCCCAUACCGGACCCUUCCCCGCACACCACCAUGGAAACCACGUCUCUCAUCAAAACCGUCUCCGACAUUCACGACUCCGCACGUUCUCAGUCCGACACAUUGUACAACACGCAUGUAUCAUUAUCAACCGCCUCGUCCACACCCACUCCACGGUCCUUAACAACUCGACCUCUGCAACCGUAUUUAUCGACACGCAACAUACUUCGGAUUCUCCUUCCUCCUCUCGCUCCUCAGUCUCUACGGAUGGCCACUCUAUCAUCUCUAUCACCCCUUCCUUGUCGCCCCCAGCCCGCCCACACCAACGGGGGCGAGUCUAUUUACCGCCUUAUUAUGAACCGGCUUACAGCGCUCGAGGCCAACACUACUCUGUAUGCCCGAUACGUCGAGGAGCAAACGGCAGGCAUGCGUGAGGUGCUCCGUCGGCUCACGGAGGACAUUGGUCGGCUGGAGGGUAUCAAGGCGCAAGCACAACUGUACCAGCGAUCCGUAGUCGAGCUUGAGAAGCAGACCAGACGGCUUGAGAAAGAACAGCACGAUCUACUGUCGAAGGUGGAGAACUUAACGGACGAGGUUCUUCUUGAGAAGCGCCUCGGCAUUGCGCAACUCUGUCUCUUGCUUACCGUCCUCGUCUUCAUGGCCCUGACGCGUGGCUCGCGUGGUGAACACGCCUACCGGAACAACGCCGUGCGUGAGUGGGGCCGCCGUACGCUGAGCUUCAGUGGCGGGCUCGUCAACCGCCUGCGCACCCGGAGUUCCACCCCUCCCCGUCUCACUAUUACCGGUGACCCCGACACCCCCCAGCGACCCCGCCGCGCCCACCAUCUGCACUUGCACCCUGUCGCGCGUAAGGCCAGCGGAACCGCCCUCACUCGCCCGCACACCCCCAUCUCGCUCCGCACGCCCACCUCCCGCCACCUCGCGCACCACCGUUUCGCCGCGCCGACGUCACCCAUCCGCCCCGGGAUGCAGCGCUCGAACUCCGGGUCGCUCUCCCUCGGCUUCGGGGGCGUGGGGCCCGUCCCGAAGAGCGCGAAGCGGUGGGCGCGCAGCGCCCACCUGCACGAGGUCAAGGCGUCCCCGCACCGGAGCGCGCUCGAGCUCGACGACACCGCGACGCCCGUACCUUCCACCUCCGCGUCCGCGUCCACGUCGUCGUCUCGGAACGCCACCCCGAACUCGGGUGAGCGGCACGGGGACGCGUUCGACCCGACCGCGGAGGGGCAGGUCCUCGUCGUCCCCGCCGCGCUCUCCGCGUUCGACGCCGGGACGGGCACGCUCAGCAGAAGCAAGGGCAAGCUCGUCGCGCGGGGUCUCCGCCGGCCGGCAGGGCCUCCCCCGGCAGAGGGUGACGGCGAGGCGAGCGACGCGUGGGUGGACACGGACGGAGACGACGGCGAGACUGAAGGCGAGUUCGUGGACUCUUGUGUCCGCUGCUUUCGUCUACCAUAG